GGUGUUUGAAUAUUUUGCCAUCGGUGAAAGACACUCUGUCAAGAGGCAUAUUACUUUUAUAAAAUAUCAGAGUUAAUAGUUCAUACUUUGUAAACAGUCUAGUUAAAAAAUGCCAGCUCCUCCAUCAGCUUAUGGCCAACACGGCCCCUCAUGUUUUAAUAAAAUAAAAACCGGCUUUAUGAUGGGAUUUUGCGUCGGACUCGGAGCAGGAGCGAUCUUUGGUGGAUUUGGCGGUUUAAGAAUGGGAUUUCGCGGUGCAGAAUUAAUCGGUCAAGUUGGAAAAGCAAUGAUUCAAGGUGGCGGAACUUUUGGUACAUUUAUGGCAAUCGGUUCUGGAAUUAGAUGCUAA